GGCGGCGCGGGAGCGCGCUCGGGCGCGGUGUCGAGCGGAGCCGGGUAGAGCCGCGUUGUGCCGAGCGAAACCCAGCUCCGGCCUCAACCGCCGCGAUGCUGGACCCGUCGUCCAGCGAGGAGGAGUCGGAGGAGCUGGUGGAGGAGGAGAGCGGUAAAGAGCCGCUGGCUCCCGCCGCCGCCCGCCUCUCGCCCAGCCGCCCCGGCGAUAGUCCCGGCCCCGGCCCCGGUGGCGGUGGUGGCGGUAGCGGGGGGCUGCAGCCGGGCGGGCGUGCAGGGGGAGCGGCUCGGCCCGCCAGCCCCAGCCCGUCUGUAGCCAGCGAGAAGGAGAAGGAUGAGCUGGAGCGGCUGCAGCGAGAGGAGGAGGAGAGGAAGAGGAAGCUGCAGCUCUACGUCUUCGUCAUGCGCUGCAUCGCCUACCCCUUCAACGCCAAGCAGCCCACCGACAUGGCCCGCCGGCAGCAGAAGAUUAGUAAGCAGCAGCUACAGACAUUGAAAGAACGUUUCCAGGCCUUUCUCAAUGGGGAGACGCAAAUCGUAGCAGAUGAAGCAUUUAUAAAUGCUGUCCAGAGCUACUAUGAGGUGUUUUUGAAAAGUGACCGUGUGGCAAGGAUGGUGCAGAGCGGGGGAUGCUCGGCCAAUGACUCCCGAGAGGUCUUCAAGAAGCACAUUGAGAAGAGGGUGCGCAGCCUGCCUGAAAUCGACGGCCUCAGCAAGGAGACGGUCCUGAGCUCCUGGAUGGCAAAGUUUGAUGCUAUUUACCGCGGCGAGGAGGAUCCCCGCAAGCAGCAGGCCAGGAUGACGGCGAGCGCUGCCUCUGAGCUCAUCCUCAGCAAGGAGCAGCUCUACGAGAUGUUCCAGAACAUUUUGGGGAUCAAGAAAUUUGAGCAUCAGCUGCUGUACAACGCUUGUCAGCUGGACAACCCGGAUGAGCAAGCAGCACAGAUCAGACGUGAGUUGGAUGGGCGUCUUCAACUGGCAGAGCAAAUCGCCAAGGAGCGCAAGUUUCCCAAGUUUGUGUCCAAAGAAAUGGAAAACAUGUACAUCGAGGAGCUGAAGUCGUCUGUCAAUCUCCUGAUGGCCAACUUAGAGAGCAUGCCUGUGUCUAAAGGAGGCUCCGAGUUCAAGCUGCAGAAGCUGAAGCGUAGUCAUAACACCUCGAUAAUUGACAUGGGAGAAGAAAAUGAGAACCAGCUGUCCAAGUCAGAUGUUGUGUUGUCAUUCUCCCUGGAGGUCGUCAUCAUGGAGGUGCAGGGUCUGAAGUCGUUGGCCCCCAACCGCAUCGUGUACUGCACCAUGGAAGUGGAAGGUGGUGAGAAACUGCAGACUGACCAGGCUGAAGCAUCUAAGCCAACCUGGGGCACCCAAGGAGACUUCACGACAACCCACGCGCUUCCUGCAGUGAAGGUGAAGCUGUUCACAGAGAGCACGGGUGUGCUGGCACUGGAGGACAAAGAGCUCGGGAGGGUUGUUCUCCAUCCCACUCCCAACAGCCCAAAGCAGUCAGAGUGGCACAAAAUGACAGUUUCCAAAAACUGCCCAGAUCAAGACCUGAAGAUCAAGCUUGCUGUACGAAUGGAUAAGCCCCAAAACAUGAAGCACUCUGGAUAUUUAUGGGCCAUUGGUAAAAAUGUUUGGAAGAGAUGGAAGAAACGAUUCUUUGUCCUGGUGCAGGUUAGUCAAUAUACCUUUGCUAUGUGCAGCUACCGGGAGAAAAAAGCCGAACCUCAAGAGCUGCUGCAGCUCGACGGAUACACUGUGGACUACACCGACCCGCAGCCAGGUUUGGAAGGUGGCAGAGCAUUCUUCAACGCUGUGAAGGAAGGAGACACAGUGAUUUUUGCAAGUGACGAUGAGCAGGACCGCAUCCUGUGGGUCCAAGCCAUGUACCGAGCCACCGGCCAGUCUCACAAACCUGUGCCGCCUACCCAAGUACAAAAGCUAAAUGCUAAAGGAGGAAACGUUCCCCAGCUAGACGCCCCAAUCUCUCAAUUUUCUGGACUCAAGGAUGCAGAUAGAGCUCAAAAGCAUGGCAUGGAUGAAUUUAUCUCUUCCAAUCCCUGUAACUUUGACCACGCUUCACUCUUUGAGAUGGUUCAGCGCCUCACUUUGGACCACAGACUUAAUGAUUCCUAUUCUUGUCUGGGCUGGUUUAGUCCUGGCCAGGUCUUUGUGCUAGAUGAGUAUUGUGCACGUAAUGGAGUGAGAGGCUGUCACAGACAUCUCUGCUACCUCAGAGAUUUGCUAGAGCGCGCAGAAAAUGGAGCUAUGAUUGACCCCACCUUACUUCACUACAGCUUUGCCUUUUGUGCAUCACAUGUUCAUGGCAACAGGCCGGAUGGGAUAGGAACGGUAACCGUCGAUGAGAAAGAGCGAUUUGAAGAGAUCAAGGAGCGGCUGCGUGUGCUUCUGGAGAAUCAGAUCACACACUUUAGGUACUGCUUUCCAUUUGGCCGUCCAGAAGGUGCACUAAAAGCCACUCUAUCGCUGCUGGAAAGGGUUCUGAUGAAAGACAUAGUUACUCCAGUCCCUCAAGAGGAGGUAAAAACAGUCAUCCGUAAAUGCUUGGAGCAAGCAGCUCUAGUCAAUUAUACUCGACUAUCAGAGUAUGCCAAAAUUGAAGGGAAAAAGAGAGAAAUGUAUGAGCAUCCUGUCUUCUGCUUGGCCUCUCAAGUGAUGGAUUUAACCAUUCAGAAUCAAAAGGAUGCAGAAAAUGUAGGCCGGUUAGUCACACCAGCUAAAAAGUUAGAAGACACAAUACGUCUGGCAGAAUUGGUAAUUGAAGUCCUCCAACAAAACGAAGAGCACCACGCAGAGGGGAAAGAGGCCUUUGCUUGGUGGUCAGACUUAAUGGUUGAGCAUGCGGAGACCUUCCUGUCGCUGUUUGCGGUGGAUAUGGAUGCUGCGUUAGAGGUGCAACCCCCCGACACGUGGGACAGCUUUCCACUCUUUCAACUUCUAAACGAUUUCCUCCGUAGUGACUAUAAUUUGUGCAAUGGAAAGUUCCACAAACACCUCCAAGACCUGUUUGCUCCACUUGUUGUUAGAUAUGUCGAUCUGAUGGAGUCCUCAAUUGCACAGUCAAUUCACAGGGGCUUUGAGCGGGAGUCAUGGGAGCCAGUAAAGAGUUUAACAAGUAAUCUGCCCAAUGUGAAUCUACCAAAUGUGAAUCUCCCUAAAGUACCAAAUCUACCAGUUAACAUCCCGCUAGGCAUCCCACAAAUGCCUAGCUUUUCUGCACCGUCAUGGAUGGCUGCUAUUUAUGAUUCUGACAAUGGAUCAGGCACCUCAGAAGAUCUGUUCUGGAAGCUGGAUGCCCUACAGACCUUCAUCCGGGAUUUGCACUGGCCUGAGGAGGAGUUUGGGAAACACUUGGAGCAGCGUUUGAAGCUUAUGGCGAGUGACAUGAUCGAGUCCUGUGUGAAGAGAACCAGGAUUGCAUUUGAAGUAAAACUGCAGAAAACCAGCCGAUCAACAGAUUUCCGAGUCCCUCAAUCAAUAUGCACCAUGUUUAAUGUCAUGGUAGAUGCCAAAGCUCAGUCAACAAAGCUUUGCAGCAUGGAAAUGGGCCAGGAGCACCAGUACCAUUCAAAAAUAGAUGAACUAAUUGAGGAAACUGUCAAAGAAAUGAUAACACUCCUAGUGGCAAAGUUUGUCACCAUUUUGGAAGGAGUCUUGGCCAAACUGUCUAGAUACGAUGAAGGAACUUUGUUUUCUUCUUUCCUGUCAUUUACUGUGAAGGCUGCUUCCAAAUACGUGGAUGUACCCAAGCCGGGGAUGGAUGUUGCUGAUGCCUAUGUGACAUUUGUCCGCCACUCUCAGGAUGUCCUGCGUGAUAAGGUCAAUGAGGAGAUGUAUAUAGAAAGGUUAUUUGAUCAAUGGUACACCAGCUCCAUGAACGUCGUCUGCACCUGGCUGACGGACCGCAUGGACCUGCAGCUGCACAUCUACCAGCUGAAAACGCUCAUUAGGAUAGUGAAGAAAACAUACCGGGAUUUCCGAUUGCAAGGCGUGCUGGAUUCCACCUUGAACAGCAAAACCUACGAGACCAUUCGGAACCGGCUGACAGUAGAGGAGGCCACGGCGUCGGUCAGCGAGGGCGGAGGGCUGCAGGGGAUCACCAUGAAGGACAGCGAUGAGGAGGACGAAGAGGACGACUAGGGCAGCUGUCCCGACGUCCGUGCAUGUACCUCGUCCAUAACUCAGUUAGCCACAUUAGGAAUUCUUCUGUCAGCUCUAAAUGCCCAUGAGAAGUUUACCAAUACAAAUGCCAUGUUAGCUGUGUGGUAAUAAGGUUAGCACCUCUCUUCGAUUCAUUGGUUUCCUGAUUUCAUAUCUGUAUGUUCAUAAGCAAUAUGGAGCACCAUUGUUUAAUACUGUUAAUGGAAAACUACAUAGAAAACAUACUAGGUGUGUCCCUGUUAUAAUUAAACAAUGCUUCAUUAACGUACUGUAUAUACAUUGAUGGUAAAUUGUUGUGAAGAUGAGUGAAUCGAGUCCUUUCAUUUCUUUGUUUCUCUUCUGUGGAUGCCAACUGCUUAAAAUUAAUAAAUAAAUUACAAAACCAGCUUUGUUUUUAAAAGAAAAAUGAGGCGAUUACGAAUGAUUUUUUUUUGUUCUCUCUGUUCGUUUAAAAACCAGAAAACAAACAAACCCCGACAGCCGUUUGAAUCAUUCUGCAUCCCUGUUAAUAUCCCAGGCUCUUCCCUUCAAUAUGCAGUUAACUCCAUGAAGGCUACAUCCCAAAGGAUUAGUCAUUCUAAUUGCCACACCAGAUUAAUCCUAUCAUUAUGGAUAUAUCAUGCCACAUUACAAGUCCAAAGCAGUUGCUUUAUGUUGACAUUUGCUCCUCUAAAUGUUACACUUUUGUUUAAAUCUCAAAUAACCGUCUAUGUACAAAGACAACUUUAAUUACAACCUUAGACUAUACAAAUGUGUUUAUAACAAUAUAUUGAAUAUUUAUUUCAGUAGGUUGUAACCAUAAUUUACAACUCCUCUGUUUAACAAUGGGUUUUAUAUAUGUCAUGUACAUUGCAUUUUGAGCAGUAACUGCAUGUCCAUCAGUCCCCCCUUCCAGAGCUUUUCUUUCUGUGUAAAAUAGUGAUAAUCCAUCUUGCUUUUUUUGCCUUAUACAAGCCGACAGUUGUAAAAGUGUGAGAACUGUGGCUUCUCAAUAAAUAACUAUUCAGAUGUCCUAAGAAUAAAUUAUGGAGUCUUUUUAUGUCUGCCUUAGAAAAGAAAUAAAAAAGAAAUAACAUAAGCUGAGAUGUAAGAGCCCCCACCUCUCAGAAUAAAGGCGUUUUCUUUUCUCA